UGUACUGUGCGUUCCCUGCUCGUUUGAAUGAAUUCAUGUUUCCUGGUGCUGUGAUGCUGGUUGUGUCGGGAAGCGAGCUAUAGAAAGCAUGUCCCCAGGAAGAGCUGCAGGAACAACGGGAGAGCAGUCCUUUUUUAAGCCAGAGAGCGCAUCUGCCUUUGUGCUGAAGAAGGUGGUGUGAACACUCUCUGACCAGAAGGAAUCGUAACUGGGAUCCCUGGCAGCGAGCGCACCCUACAAGACGGUAGCCGAAACUGCUCCACUGCAGUAAGAAGUAUUCUCACGUGCUGAGGCCUGGAGCCGAUGGCAGACAAUGUCAACAACUAACAACAUAGCGCAGGCCCGGAAGCUGGUGGAGCAGCUCCGCAUUGAAGCCGGCAUCGAGAGGAUCAAGGUCUCGAAAGCAUCUUCUGAGCUAAUGAAUUACUGUGAGCAACAUGCCAGGAACGACCCGCUGCUGGUUGGAGUGCCCGCUUCGGAGAAUCCUUUUAAGGACAAAAAGCCUUGUAUCAUCCUAUAGCUUUCCUCGCUCCGGCGCGUGUGAUCUCUCAGGCAGGGCACCGUUCUCCAUCAACUGAAACCAAGCUACAAACUUACAACUGCGCCGAGGGGUAAACACUAAAUCUUGGAUUUAAAUAGAACUUCAAUCUCAAAAAAAAAAAAAAUUGCAAGUGGUUUAGGGAAGGUUGUCUGCUCCUGGGCAGGUGCCGCACUGAGAGGGGUCAAAAUUUAAAAACAGAAAACAAAUCUAGGGUUGAGGGGUGGGGGAAGUAUUUUUAAUAGCGACAUUUGAAAUUGGUACCGGGGUGGUGGAGGCAGUGGGGGUUUUCAUUGCAUUUGCCAAUGGGAUGCAAGACCUGAGUAUCGGGACUUCGCUGGUAGAAGCUUUGAACAAAGCUCUAAGUGGAUCUGAUCCAAUUAGUUUCCAAUUAGCGCAUCGUUGCAAGAAUUUGCUCUGUUUCUUGAGAGGGAACAAGGGAGAAGAGUCCAGGUGGGGGGCUAUUUUGUAGAAAACUAGUACAAAAAAAAAAAAAAAACACCAACCAAAACACAGCUCGAAAAAUUGCUGUUGCAAAUGGAUGAACCGAGGCUGGGGCGAGGAGGAUGGAGGCCGGGGGGCUCCCUCCCUGCGCCGCACGGCUCCGCUCGGAUGAGGGGAUGGCACUGUGGGGAAACGCUCUCCGGCAUCAGAUCCAUCGGCCAAGAGGGUUUCUGUGAGCGGCGUUAGGAAGCCCGAGGCAUGGGAGAGGCCGGGCUCGACCCCUCUGAUCGCUUCUGGGGUUUCUCUGUGUUGUUACCACUGUUUUUCCCAAACGGGACUGUACCAGGGGCGGGGGGAGGGAAGGGGCUUUCUGUUGUGCGGUAUCACGUGAGAAAUCUUUAAAAUUGGCCUUUUUGGAGAGUCUCAGUCCGAAACACUAAAAUUGGCAGAUUUACCAGCAUUUCCUAUCUCCCUUUUUCUCACUGGGAGUGGCAAGUGGAAUUUGUUCCACUAAACCUGGUUAAUUCAGGGAGAUGAGGGUAAGGCUGUAAAAGAAAUAGUUUGGUUCCCAUGCCUUGGAAAUCUCGAAAUGCAAUUUAAACGGGGAGCGCUUUGUUCACCAACGUUAAACGCACGCGCCGCAGAGCCGGGGAUAACCCAGAGCAGAGCAGCCCGUGAGGAAGAGGAGACAAGCGGGCGAGCCUUCCUCCCGCUGCCCACCGCAGAGCCCUGCUGAGCCAUGGCAGCGACAGAGCCCGGCGGCUCGGUGCCAGGGCAGGUAGAUACUGGGGAGAAAGAUCAGAGCUCAGGGAGGUCCCACCGCAUCUCCCCUCAUCGCUGGAGCUGCCGACGCCGGCGUGUUGGGCACCGUGCAGCCGUCUGAGCCGUGGCGUCGCUCACCAGCUUCCAGCUCUGUCGGGGAGAUGACGGGUCCCGUGUGUUGGGUUUUAAGUGACCGAGCCCUGUCUGCGUCCGCAGGGCAGAGCCCGGGGCUCGGCAGCUCCUCAGAGGAUGGCGAAUGCUCCCCGUGGUAGGCAGAGGCACGGUUUGGUUUCCUAACCAGCACGCCGGUACCCAUUCCCGGUUAUCCUGAACAUAGGCACCCCAUGCUGGUGUCUGAAUACAGGCGGUGCCGAGUUUUGGGUUUGGGAAGAGAAGGAAAAAAAAAAACCCACACCUGAUGUGAAAUCCUGGGAAUUUUCCCAUUCCCCCAAUGCUUUGGAUUUGGUUUGAAAUGCCACGACCUCCUGCUGGGAUGGAAACCGCACGUGGCCGAUCCCUUCAUGGGACAGGGAACGCUUCCCAUGGCCACGGUCGCCGGCAGCCCCCGGGAGAGGGUGGCUGGAGGAGACCCUCGGGUUUGACUUUUGGGGAAACCGCUGAACCGCGCUCAUGCUUUCUGUCGUGGUUCAGCUGGAGGGAGGAAACCUUGCAGCCCAUACUGGAUGCUGCGUGUGCUUAGACUGGUUGGAGUCGCUGGUCCGGGCAGGGCACUGGGAGGCUUUGCUGGAUGCUUUUCGGAGGCUGAUGGUGUUCCCAGGGCUGUCGCUGGCUCCCAAGGCACAGGGAGCUGCGCAGGACGAUGCCAGAGGCCGGCGCGAAGGCAGGGAGAGGAGCAGAGCCUGCGGCUGCAUGGCCGGUACCCGGGGAAGGCGGGUUGGCAUCUUCCAGAAGGAAGGGCAGCCUUGGAGGGUCUUCCUCCCGCAAUGCAGGGGUGGGCUGUGGGGUGUCGGGCUGAGCGCAGCUGGCCCCUCUCCAGCAUCAACCGGCCACACAGCCAGCUCGGCAGUGCUGGCGGAGGCUGUGGUUAGCAGAGCUGCUCCAUUUACACUUCUCGGUUGUAGGUAUCUCGCCAUCGGUUUUUUUAAGUACGCAAUCACUUGCCCUUUUAAAUGAAGUUGGAAAAAAAAACACAUUUUUAACACUAACGCAAACCACAGCACCUCCCGUGUACGUCUUGCAGCUGCUUUCCUGGGGUCCUUUGCUGAUCUGAGCGUUUUAAACCUCCUGUCUCCCCCCCACUGCUGUGUCUUGGGCUCUUGUCCUGGCACCGGCCUUGUGCCAGGUUUUCUGGUGACCCCCAGGAUUUCAUCCCGUCCCGAUACGAGCAUUGGGGGAGGUAGAGCGGAGGGAAAUGGAUUUAUUUCCCUCUGUGGCCGAGCAUGUCCCCAGCCCUGCUCACGCCCCAGCCUGGCACCGCGCUGAGCAUCAUCCGUCAGCCGAGGGCGGCAGCCCUGGCACAGCAACAGGCAAUGCCUUUUUGUUGGGUUUGGUUUUUUUUUUUAAAUCGUUCAUCCAACAUAACUUCAAGCUCUCGAACGCCGCAUCUGUAGCGGGAAGCGAGCACAGUCCUGAGGUGUGCCUGGGUUUUGCCACAGCAGGGCUUUCUCUUCUCCACGAGGGAAUUUCCUCUGUCCUUAAUCUAGUACAGUUCCAGCCUUAUUUUUCUACUCCAGAUUGCUGAUUCUUCCUCUAUGUUAGAGACCAGUGCAUGGUGCUAUAGCCAGUGACCCAGGCAAGUGCCCGAGCUGCAGGUCAGCCAGAAAAACCUGCGCUCCGCGUGGCAGCGAGCGAGCAGCCGAGGUUACCGCAGGAGCCACGUGCCGCUCCUCCGCUCGAGACCCGGGCAGGGGCUGUCGUCCCCCCCACCCAUUAUCGGCUCGUGCUGCCCGAGGGGGCACCCCGAUACCCCUACCCGGGUGGGUGCCAGCCCUGCCUGCGUCCUGCCCUCCCCGGCCCCCGGGAUCAUGAUGGGGCGGCUCAGACCCGCAGCGCCGGGCGGCUCGCCGUGGGAUGCUCUGCCGGCAAACGCCGCGGGAUGCUCUGCCGGCGAAGCCAGCCAGGCACGCCACGGUCCAGCAAAUUGGGGUCAGUCUGCCUCUCCCCUCGUCUUUCCGCCCGCCGUGGGCCACGCUCAUCCCCGCUGUCUUGCCGGAGUCGUGCCGCGGUGCCGGCGGUGGGAUGGCCGGCGAGGAGCGAGGCGGCAGGUUUAGGUUUAGGUUCGACGUGCGGCUGGAGCCGGGAGAAGGGGUCAGGGAGCGUCUGCUUGGGGUCCCCUGGGAGCCUGGGGACAGGGCUGGGGGGUCCUGGCACAGGGAUGCCGGUGGUGGCAGGGUCCUGCCGGGAGCUGAGCGGGGCGGGCAGGGGGCUGCCGGUGGGUGCUGGUGUCUCUCAGUGGGUGACUUGUUAGGUGGAAAAAUCCUCGACCUUUUUUUUUUUUUUUUUUUAAAUUUUUUCCUCGUCUGAGUAAAUCGGUGAUCAUACUGUAGAUGUUUUUGUAUAGCAUAAAUAUAAGUGCAAAUUACAGUAGUCGCUUGUACUUUGUUAGUGCAUUUGCCAAAAAAAAAAAAAAAGAAAAAAGGAAAAAAAACACUUUUCAGGACUUUUUAAGUGCUCCAGAUCGUGAAGGGGGAGCGGGGAGCCAGGGCCUCCCUUGUGCCACUGGUGGGGCGUGGGGCAGGCGGUGCCAGCAGCCCCGGCUCCACAAAAGCCUUUUUUUGGACGUAAACACAUGCCCAAAUCUGUCUGGCGUUUCUUUUUAGCAUGUGGUGAAGCUGUUGCCAAAAAUAGAAAGGAGAGAGACUGCAGAAGAAAAGGGAGAGAGGAAACUUUGCUUCUAUUUAAUUUUUUGGUCCGUUUUCCUUGUCCUCCCCUCCCUGUCUCGGGGACCGUCCUGGCGGCGCAGCCAGAGCCGGGAGACGCCCGGGCACCCGCACGGCACCCGCCGACGCGGCUGCGAGGCUGGUGGGGUCCGGUGGCUCGGUGCCGGUGCCGGAGCCUCCCGAGCCCAGAGCCAAGCAGAUCCCCCUUCCUCCGAGUACUUAAAAAGUCGACUUUAUUUAACAAAGUAAAAAAUAACGCAUUUACUUCAUUGAACAGAAGCCACGCGUCUGAUACUUUGCGCUCUUAAUUUUUUCUCUCUGGUCUAUUAUUAUUAUUAUUAUUAUUAUUAUUAUUAUUAUUAUUAUUAUUUGCCAAACUCUGAUCUUGUUGCCAAACGCAAAUCAAGGUUUGUAAAGACUGUACUUAGGAAGUAAUCGGUGUCUGUAACGUAGGCUCCUCAUAACGUCUGCAUUUUUGGAUCUCUUGAUUUUUAUUUCUGGUGUGCCAUAGACCAAUUUCUUGCACAGUGUUUAAUAUUUUGUGGAAUUGUUGUUAAGAAGUGAAUUGAUAACACAAUAAAAAGGCUCACUUUUCAUUUU